AGUCAGUACUCAGUGGCGUGGCGCCUGUCCGCGGAGUAGUGUGUUUUUUUUGGUCGUCCGUCGUGUAGUUCUAGUUUUCGUGAUUUUUAUUGAUCUUUAUCGUUGUAUUUUUUCCCUUAUUUUCAUUACUCACAAUUUUAGUUGAUAUUGUGUUCUUAAGUUUUUUGUUUAUUCUCCCAGCCGAAAUUUGUUUAGGUACGCUGCAAAAUGUCGAAAAGCGUAUACCUUCCAUAUCACGCGACAUCCGAGAAGGCUCAUAUCAAGUCUAUGGAACAGUAUCGGGAAAUGCACAAUAAAUCAUUGGAGUCGACCACGCAAUUUUGGUCGGAAAUUGCGGCACAAUUUCACUGGGAAACGCCGUACGACAUCAACAAUUUUUACUCGUAUAACUUCAACAUUAAUCACGGACCCGUAAAAAUUAAAUGGAUGGAAGGCGCUACUACAAACUUGUGCUACAACCUACUGGACAAGAACGUGCGUAACGGAAUGGGUGACAAAGUAGCUUUUUACUGGGAAGGCAAUGAUCCGGAAGACUAUAGUAAAAUCACAUACAAAAAGCUUUUAGAAGAAGUAUGCCGGUUUUCAAACGUAUUGAAAUCCAAAGGUGUAGUUAAAGGUGAUCGUGUCGCAAUUUAUAUGCCAAUGAUUUUUGAGAUCGUGAUUGCUAUGUUAUCGUGUGCAAGAAUCGGAGCAGUUCACUCAAUUGUUUUCGCAGGAUUUUCAUCUGAUUCGCUAGCAGAACGUAUGGCCGAUUGUAAGUGCAAGGUUCUUGUGACUGCUGAUAGCGUAUACAGAGGAGACAAAUUGUUAAACAUCAAAAGCCUUUGCGAUAUUGCAAUGGACAAAGCCAAAAAUUUUGGCCAUGAAGUUUCAACGUGUAUUGUAGUUCGUCACUUACCACGACUUCACAGAUCCAUGAACACAACAAAUGGUACAAAUGGAUCGAACUCCGACAUAAUAGAUCUACACUCUGAUGUACCUUGGACUGAUGGACGAGAUUAUUGGUGGCAUGAUGAAAUGGAUGAUGUAGAACCCUCUUGUUAUCCAGUUUGGAUGUCUGCAGAAGAUCCACUAUUUAUGUUAUAUACGAGUGGUUCAACGGGAAAACCAAAAGGAGUGCUUCAUACAACUGGUGGUUACUUAUUAUACACUGCUACUACGUUCAAGUAUGUUUUUGAUUACCAUCCAGGGGAUAUUUAUUGGUGCACUGCAGAUAUAGGUUGGAUCACUGGGCACUCUUAUGUUGUUUAUGGACCUUUAGCAAAUGGGGCAACUUCAGUUAUAUUUGAAGGAACGCCAUUUUAUCCAGAUAAUGGAAGAUACUGGUCAGUAAUCGAAAAAUAUAAAGUUACACAGUUUUACACUGCACCGACAGCGAUUCGUGCACUAAUGAAGUUUGGAGAAGAACCAGUGAAGAAACAUAAUCUCGAUUCACUAAAAGUAUUAGGUUCAGUAGGUGAGCCAAUAAACCCAGAAGCUUGGUUGUGGUAUUACCAAAAUAUUGGUAAAGAAAGGUGUUCCAUAGCAGACACUUUUUGGCAGACUGAAACUGGAGGGCAUGUUAUAACUCCUCUCCCAGGUUGUACACCAAUGAAACCAGGAUCAGCAUCAUUUCCAUUCUUUGGUGUUAAACCAAUCCUAUUGGAUGAAAGUGGUAAAGAAAUUGAAGGAGUUGGCGAAGGAUACUUAGUGUUUAAUAAGCCUUGGCCUGGUAUGAUGCGCACAUUAUAUGGAAAUCAUGAACGGUACCAAUCAGUUUACUUCAGCAAAUUUCCAGGAUACUAUUGCACAGGAGAUGGUGCUAGAAGGGACGAAGAUGGAUAUUUAUGGGUGACUGGUAGAGUAGACGAUAUGUUAAAUGUAUCUGGGCACUUGAUGAGCACUGCUGAAGUGGAAUCUGUACUCACUGAACAUCCAGAUGUUUCCGAAGCUGCAGUUGUAUCCAGACCACAUCCUGUCAAAGGAGAGUGUCUUUAUUGUUUUGUUACUCCUAAUCAUGGUGUGGCUUUUACACCAAAACUUUCAUCUGAGUUAGUUAAAAAAGUGAGGGAAUCAAUUGGGCCUUUUGCUAUGCCGGAUAUUAUUCAACAUGCACCAGGUCUUCCAAAAACUCGGUCUGGAAAAAUAAUGAGAAGAGUUUUACGAAAAGUUGCAGUCAAUGACAGAGAAGUAGGGGACAUAUCAACACUAGCUGAUGAACAUAUAGUUGAAGAACUAUUCAAAAAUAGGCCAGAGAAAGCAUAAAAUGUUACCAAAAAAAAUAAUUGUUUUAUAAUAUUGUUUGGUGCAAACAUGACUUACAUGGCUACAUAUCAAAUUGUGAAUUUUUUGUCUAAGACCUAAGUAGUAAAUAAUCAAAUAAAUUGUCUUAAACAAUUAAUUUAGGGUGACAUGUAGAUGCUCGUGGUUUAUUAUAAUGAAUAUUAUGUACUUAUUCUAAUUAAGUGAUGCUCACUACCAUAACUAAUUGAGCUCAUCUUAUAAUAAAUAAGUGAAUUAUAUUCAAUACUCAUUAGUUGACAGUCGCUUAUAAAGUUAUAAGUUUGACAACCAAUGUUGUCAGUUGUUAAGUUUAUUAUUAUGUUUAAACUAUAGUUAUACGAAAAUUAUUAUGAUGAUAAAAAUCUGCUUUCUUAAUUUUUUAAUGAGAGCAAUUAUAUCAACAUCAUAUAAUUGUACCUAUACAAUUUUAGUUGUAGUAUUUUAAGUGUUACUGUUAUAAUAUUAUUAUUGCAUGAACGAUUAAAAUGUAAAAAUCAUUACCUAACUUAUAUCAACUAUAUUUACUAAGUACCUAAUCCUCUCCAUCAAUGAUUUUUACAAUAUGAAACUAAAAAUGCCUACCUAUUUAUAGAAUGUCAAAUUUAUACAAACAUAUAUUACUCUGUAAGCUAAUGAUAUUAUAUUAUACUAUGUUUAUGUACAAAUGUUUCAAUUGAGAAAUCAAAAUGCAACAAAUGAUAUCAAACUAAAGCACAAAACAACCAUUUAUUUUUAUUUUGCGAUGCUAUUUGUAUUAUUAAUCAAAACAUGCUUACAGGAAUGAAUAUUAUACAAUUAAAAUUUAAGAGUAUCACAUACACUUAUGCAACACAUACAUAUCAUUAUAAAAGUUAUUUUAUAACAGU